UUUAUCUGCAGGAUGAUGAGGAACUGCUCAGUAAUCAUUCGGUGGUUUUUCAGAACAUUGCCAUUUCUUCAGAGUGGAACCAACAUUUAUCAAUAUAUUUACACUUGAUUUUGUGAUUACAGAAAACGUUUACGGAUAUAAAACAUUAAUAUUUAUUUUUAAAAUGGAUAUUGAGGUCUCGGUGAUGGAGGCUGUCAGAAGUCUGAACUGUGACCUACUUCUGGAGCUGCUCCCAGACAGCAGCCAACAGCCGCGGCUGUCCGUUGACCUGAUGCGCAAUGGUUUCUUCCUUGCGGUGGAGAGUUUGAUCAAGACAUCGGGAUUUGGCAUGCAAGGCGCCAGGAUCAUCUACCUUCUGAGGAAUCUGGGGGCACACAUCAACAGACAAAACGAGGAGGGCAACACACCGCUGAUGUGUUACCUGAAGGGUGGACAGCCGGACUGUGACGUGGUUGAGGCCUUCCUCAGGUGUAACGCUGAUUUGUACAUCGCCAACCAGCUUGGGGAAUUCCCGCUGGAGCUGCUGACCACGUCACCAGACAUCCCCGCCUUCGUCAAGGACGUUUUUCUGAGAUAUGUGCCUGGGAUAUGGGAAGCCGUGGUGCGUGAUGACGCCAUGAGUGUGAGGAGGCUGAUCAACCAAUGGGUGAGAGUGGACGUGCAGAAGAAUGGAAAAACCUUGUUACAGCUGGCUCUGGAGAUGGGCACUGAGAACAUCAUACGUGUGGUCAGUGGCAUCCGGUCCUCCAUGGAAUUUGCACACAGUGUAUUGUCUGGGGAUACACAAAUUGUGAGGAGAAUGUUGAGGCUCAAACUGAAGAUUAAUAUCAACUUUAGAAACAUGGGUGACAGAGGAAAGACGCCAAUAUUUUAUGCACUGGCCCAGGGCAACACAGAUCUAGUGCACACACUGCUGGACAGGGGAGCCAGGGUGGAUAUAACUCUAAAGGGGGAGGAUGAGAUUGACAUUCCAUUGUUUUUCACUGCCUUGGAACACCGUCCACAACUAUCAACAUCUUUACUGAAGGCCAUCAUCCCCAUGGUGCCUGUGAGAGUGGACUGUCUUUUUUACAAGGGCAAAAAUGUCCUGUUUCACUGUAUAGAGAAAUGUGUAGGUGAGCAGUUAGUGGAUUUUAUUCUCAGCAAAAGUUCCCCAUAUCUUGUCACACAGCGAAUAGAGUACAACAGAUGCCCUAGGGAAAUGGCAGAAGAAAGACAAUGUACUUGGAUGAUCAGAGCUAUUGAUAAUGCUGUUGUGAGAUGGGUGUACCAGGAAGAAGGGAUGAGUCGCCAGAUCCUCAUUUUACAAGGUUAUCAAUACAUUCCUGCUGCGUUACAGAAUAUAAAUUGUAACCAAGAAGAUGAUACAGACACUUUCUACAGAUAUCUUUCACUGUAUCAGGAACAAGUAAAUGCUCUCCAUAAGGCAGUAGAUGAAUGUGAUGAAGAAACAGUUCGAAGAAUUAUUUAUUUUCGUCACCCAGAUGAGCACAGCCUAGAACCUUGUCUAGCAGACAGUAGAAUACCUGGUGAUGGGCAACCACUUCUCCAUAAAGCUGUUCUCCGAGGGAGUGUUGGCGUGACACAGCUGUUAGCUGAGACCCUGGUCUACCAGCGCCAGCAGAGACUGGACUCUAUACGUGACCAAUAUUUCCGUACUGCCCUUCAUUAUGCUUAUGGCCUGGAGGAUGGUAAAGAGCUGGUUAGCAUGCUGUUAGAUUAUGGCGCAUCAGAAUUUUCAAUGGAUAAGGAUAAUCGGUCUCCAUUAGCAUUUAAAGACAGACGUGGACAAGAGUUGAUGAAUGAACUGCUUCAGUACCAGUACUUGCAGGAUUUCAGUGAACCAGAACCAGACCCUUGGAGUGUACCUCUACCUAUCCCUGUCAUUGAUUACUUCCUCAACACCUGCUCCCAUUCAGAAACCAACGCCACCUAUCUCUCCCCGCAAGGCAUAGAACACCUGAGCAGCCACAUGAACACCAACCACCGCCACUCUGCCCUGCCCAGCACUGAGAUUGCCCUGACAGAAGCUUCCAGAUCUGGUACACUCCUGGCCAAGUCGCACAAGUUUAAGUCAGUCUCUGAUACAAAGCUUCACAAACUGACACCGGCCAAGCCCAGCUUCGCAGCGCACAUCGCUAACUUCCCUGAUGCAGUCAAAUCAAGAUUGACUAAAAGGUCCAAUAACAAACUAAACAUGGACAGUAUUAGAAAAGACUAUAUUCCUGUUCCAAUGGACGCCCCGAGAGAUAGCGAGGAUGACUUUGAUUUCGAAGACGACGUUGCAGAUUCUAGAGACUUAUUGGAUGAAAAGGAAAUGAGAAAAUCUACUUCAUGUGUUUUACAGUAAACUGGAUUUUGAAAUUUUUGCUCGAAACAGUUGAAAAGUUAAAUUGACUGAUUUUGAUUAUCGAACAGAAUGUUUGCUAAGAAAUAUGGAUAAAUUAUAUUCAUAACAAUAAUUGUGAAAUUUUGAUUGGUAUGAUAGAAACUGAACAUUAUUAAUCUGAACAUUUAAAAAAAUUGUUAUGAUUUGUUUUUUUAGAAUGCUUUUCCUAAAUACAGGAACAUGAAUGAAAUUAUUUGGCAUUUUUAAGCGAACAAUUAUUGCAGUCAAAAUUAGUUUAAAAUUAUUGUAAAUAUCACACAAACUUAUAGCCCUGACCUAAGCAACUGUUGCUAAGUAAUCAAACAUUAUGCAGGCCCUUGUUUCCUCUGUUUAGCUUACCUGUUAUUAGUGGAUGGUUGAUUGGUAAUAAGUGCACAGAUAUGAUCAAUAUUGAUUGGGUGUUGGUUUUUACUGCACAUUUGUAUAUGGUUCUUUGUGAUUUAUGUCUGGUGCUAACUCAAAGUGUUAAUGUUAAAUUAAAAUAUGGAUAACUUUGAUUUCAAAAUGCUUUUGUAAAUCAAUUGUUAUGCUGUUUCAAUCAUGAGCUAAAAGAAAUUUUUCUGUUAAGUGUUGCGAAUCAUUUGUGUAUAUGUAGAUAUGUGAUGUUAAAUAAAAACCAUUUAAAAUUGUGUUUAACAAGCACCACCUCUAGUCAUGUAACAUUAGCUCUAUUUAAAGUUGGUUUUCAUUCAGCUAGCUGAAAGUAAACUAAAUGACCAAAUUGUAACUGACAAAGGAUGACUUUAGGUACACCCUACUUUUAGUAAAUGUACAAUUUAAGUAAAUAUGCAACAGUUAUUAAAAGAUCUACAUUUAAAGUUGAUCAACAUUUUCUUACUCAAUCUUGAAUUUCCAGUGAUUUCAUGAAAUGAAACUACUGAAAUUGAAAAUAAAGAUUAAACUAUUAAAAUUCCAAAAAGGAAUCAUCAGCUUUCUCAAGAAAAUGACUAUUUUUGUGACUUUCAAGGAAAAAACUGCGUGCAAUGUUUAACAAAUGACUAACAUUUAUUUCCAUUUUCCAACUCAUCAAGUCUUUGUAAACAAAAAGUAUUUUUAUGUACAUAACCAAUUCCCUGUAUUCUGAAAGAUAUGUUAGCAGCAAGAGUUGACGACUAGAAGCCUAUUAUCUGCACUAAAGUGCCUUGUCAGAAAUAAAUUAUUUUAAUUGUACCCCGCCAUCAAGACCUUCAGAUGUUAGGAAAUACAAAUUACAAUUAAUAUUUCAAACAGAAAUAGAACUUACACUUUGUAAAAAUCCACUCCCUCUUUAAAAUGUCCAUUCAAAAAAGUGACCCCACUAAAAUGUCCAUACAGUACUAACCAGGUUGUGAUAUUCAACUUGUUUUUGUCUCAAACAUGUACAGUUUCUAUGGAUAAUCCUGCUG